AUGGACCGUUUCGUGAAUAUCGUGAAACCAUCGACGACGCGCGAAGUAGGGGCGGACAGGGAGAAACAGCGACCGGUGCUACGCUAUAAUCCUUACGGUGUCAGCAAGUCGCAUGAACGCAGAUUAGAACAGUCGAGAGACAGGAAAAGGACCUCGAAAAUUCUCGCGCCGUUACUCAAGGACGGUGGCAAGCCAUCAUCGGCUGCCCUUACCAAGCAUUUGCUCAACACGCUAUCUGACGAAUCAAACCCGAUCACCCACUCAGAUAUUUAUGAACGCUCAGAUCACAUCUCGUCUGCUGCUACAGGACAUCAGCGCUCAGAUCGCCGUGUGAACCAGAAGAGCUACUGGGAGUCGAGAAGCGAGAAGCUGGCGCAGCAAUUGCCUGAGAAACCCUCUGGCCGCGACGCAAAAGUUCUAAGCAAUGUCCUGGUUUACAUCAAUGGGUAUCUGGAUGGCACCACGGACACCGAGAUGAAGCGGAUCGUAACGCUCGCUGGAGGACAGAUUUUACACACAGCUUCCGGCGCAACUCACAUUCUCACGUCCCAACAGCUCAGCGGAGCCAAAACGCAGAAGCUGCUGACAACGAGGUCCAAAAGCAAGGUACACGUUGUCAAGCCCGAAUGGGUCACUGACAGUAUCGGCGCUGGGAAGCGUCUGUCAGAACGGGGAUACUCUGUUAUCAACGACACGACUACGAGAAACAUAGCGGACAUGUUUGAUGCCGGGACUUCUCGUCGUAGCCUCAUGGACAAGACUGUAUAA